GAGAAAAAAAAAAACUAUUAUGAUUUGAGAAGAUUCCAAAUCGGAAAGAGUUCGAUGCAGAUACCGUUAGUUAAACUAAGAACUUGAAUAAGGACACCAACGCCCCACCUUGGGGCGGCGAGCGAUUGCGAAAACGGGGAAAAUGUUUACCCAUAUGAGCAUAUAUAAAUUCGUUAUUGGCCAGCUCUAAUUCGAUUUUCGCAUCAAACAAACACAAAAUUUUGAGCUCGAUCCACUUUAACUUAAUCGAAAUACUAACCCUUUUGAUUGUCUUCACUUUCAGCCGGCGAUUCUUCACCUUUGACUUCACUCUAUUUGGGUUUUUUUUUCUCUUUCCCCCUUUUUAAACGUUUCUACGACUAAAUCGGCUUGAAACGUCGACACGCCAUGGAUUCUGUUGACGAAGAGGCGCGGUUGCUAGUUAAUAACGCGCCAAUUUCAGCUCCGGUGAAUUAUACGAGAGAUGUUCAUGUUUUGAGCUUUGCUUUUCUGUUAAUUUUCCUUGCUUAUGGAGCUGCCCAGAACUUGGAGAGUACUGUUAAUACUGAGGAGGAUUUGGGGACUACUUCGCUGGGGAUAUUGUAUCUAUCUUUCACGUUUUUCUCUCUGGUGGCUUCUUUGGUGGUUCGGGCAUUGGGGACUAAGAACGCUUUGAUUCUUGGAACUACUGGUUAUUGGUUGUUCACAGCUGCAAAUUUGAAGCCGACUUGGUUCACAAUGGUUCCAGCUUCUCUCUACCUUGGUUUUGCUGCUUCUAUAAUAUGGGUUGCGCAGGGUACAUAUCUCACUUCAACCGCACGUAAUCAUGCAAGAAAGAAUGGCUUACAUGAAGGAACUGUCAUUGGCAACUUCAAUGGAGAAUUUUGGGGAGUAUUUGCAAGUCACCAGGUCAUUGGAAAUAUUAUCUCCCUCGUUGUGCUGAAAGACGAAGCAGGUGGAAGUACCAAUGGCACAACUGUAUUGUUCAUUAUCUUCCUUUGCGUUGUGACGUUAGGUAUUGUACUUAUGUGGUUCUUAAGAAAGGAAGACAGUAAAGAAGAAGAACCAUCGCUGCCAUCGGCCAGCCUACAUUCUUCGAUAUUGUCUCUGUCAAAAUCGGUAGUUGCUCCAUUGGCUGACAGAAGAAUGAUUUUGACCAUUCCUCUGAUUGCAUAUUCAGGACUACAAGCAGCAUUUGUAUGGGCCAAGUUCACAAAACAAGUUGUCACACCAUCACUUGGUGUGUCAGGGGUCGGUGGUGCAAUGGCAGUUUAUGGGGCUGCUGAUGCAGUUUGUUCACUGGUUGCUGGUCGUCUUACAUCCGGUCUUCCAUCAAUCACUUUCUUAGUAUCUGGUGGGGCUGUCAUUCAAGCUGUUGUUUUUAUUUGGCUUCUACUGGGGCAGAGUGAAACACUCGGCACCGUAUACCUGCUUCUUAUAUCAGCCGUUCUGGGAAUUGGUGAUGGAGUUUUUAACACACAGCUGAAUGCUCUGCUUGGAAUACUUUUCAAACACGACACGGAAGGAGCGUUUGCCCAAUUAAAGGUCUGGCAGAGCGCGACUAUUUCGAUCGUCUUCUUUUUCAGUCCAUACAUUUCAAUGCACACAAUGCUGGUGAUUAUACUCUCAGUUCUUUGCCUCUCAUAUGUUGCUUUUCUGACUUUAACCGUUUGGGUAGAGAAAUCAUUCUCAAGAUUAUAAUGUGUAGAGACGGAUAUAUGUGUUUCUACAUUCAUGUUAUUGCUGCGAAAGAAAUCUUCCCUUUCGCCAAUUGAUUUCUUUCUAAACUGUUCAUUUCCUUUGCCAACCAAUCUUUUGUGUAAUAUGCAUCUCUUCCAUACAAAUUGGAAAAUUGAAUGCGACUUUUAGCUUUUGUUCAUCA